GCCUAAAUUUACUUUCGUCUAGAAUUCUAAUUCCAAUUCCAGAAUCAACAGCUAAAAGCUAAAAUCAAGAAUCUAAAGUCUCACUCAAAGUUCGAAUCAUUUAUUAAUAAAUAAGAUCCCCUCAAACCAAACGAAUAUUGAAAACACACACACUCUCUCUAUCAUUUCCUCCCCCCAACGAUAUGCAGCCCGCAUGCGGAAACCGCGACCGCCGCAUCGGGCAAGGCGCGUGCACCGGCCCACGUCCGCUGUGGCGGGGUAUAAGAAUCUCGCGUCCUCCAUCUCUCGCUCUUUCUCUCCUUCAUCCGUUUAUAAUAACUACCAAGUCCGCAGUUGCGAAGACCGCGCGGUACAGUCAACAUUUCAUUCCUGAUAUUCAUUUGCAAGAAAGACCUCACCCUAUUUUAUCGCCCACUCCAUGCAGCAAAGACUUCCUCGCAGUAGCCAUGUCUAAUCCCUCAAUGCCUUCAAUUCUCCCUUCCGAUCUCAUUCAACUAGUCCUCUUGGCUAUUAUUAUCCUCCUGCUCGCGGUAACAAUAUCCUACGUCCUAGGCUGUUACGUCCUUGAGGUCAACACCGAGUUGAUAGAUGGCGGCAGAACUGAACGCACAAAUCAACUACUUUUCUUUCGCAAAGGCCCCGUCAAAUUCAUCAUCGGUAGCCACCAUGUUGGCCGUCGGGUUCUUCAGACUACGAAUUCGCAUGCUUCUUUGGUAUCGGGUUCAGGGCGACAAGCGGGCUGAGACUGGUAAAUACUUCUCGCCGACCGCAAUCGGAGUCAGCAAUAUGGGUAUCACGAAGAACAAUCCACGCAGAUCUUGGCCGUGGGGGCGAGAAUGAAAGAGACAGGGCAUGAGGAAGUACGACGGAAGCUGUCUAAACUUGGCAUUCUUGGCCUGACCAGAGACAAGCAAUCAGUUUUGCGAAUUCUGAUUAAACAGAUGAAAAUAACCAUCACUUCCUUCGCUUCUAAUAAUUCACCUUAUAUAGCACUUUCAGACUUGAGUCCUGAUCUUCAGACAUCAAAUCAUCUAAUUGUAUUUCGUUACUGGCGACUUUGACUCUAUUCACAAGUCGUUUUGAUACUAUUGAGAGCCUUGACCCUCUAUUCACUUGGAAUUUGUUUCUCUCGCCUGGAAGACGCCAAUGUCUUUUCUGUGACACAUCAUGCAGGGAUUCA